AUGAGUGCAACAUACUCUUUUGUUUCUCUUGAGUGUGUUGAGAGGUUGGGUUUAAAGAUGUCUUCUAUGGUUGAGAGUAUGAUUGAUGAUACCCCAUCUCUGGGUCCGGUAACCAAUCUAUGGGUUUGUUUGAAUUGUCCGCUGACUAUUUAUUGUAAGAGUUUUGGGAUUGACUUAGUCUUCCUACCAUUGAAUAAACUCGAUGUUAUCCUUGGAAUGAACUGGUUGGAUUUCAACCAUGUUCAUAUCAACUGUUUCGACAAGAUAGUGUCCUUUCAAGAGUUUGAUGCUAGUGAUGAGUUAUUUGUGUCUGCUAAGCAAGUGGAUGGGUUUGUGAAGGAUGAAGUUGAGGUGUUUACGAUAUUAGUUUCCAUGAAAGCUAGAAGAAAAGUUGUGAUCAAUGAAUUACCAGUGGUGUGUGAAUUUCCAGAAGUGUUUCUAGAUGAUAUCAAUGAUUUGCCACCAUAA